CCCACCUCGUCCCCUCAUCUCUCCCGCUAUCCCACCUCCCUGCUCCCACUCUCAAAUUUCCCCCAAACACUAGUUUCUCGCAGCGGGUCUCCCCUUGCCUGUCUUUUCAGUGUCCGGCCUCUCAAUCCUCGCCUUCCCACUGCCCUCUAGACAUCUCCCCAGCAGAAUGUCUUCCUCUACCUCCCAUCCGCAUACUCUCACUCCAUCCUGCUCGCUCCCGGCAUCAGCAGCCCGCAGGCUCUCCUUCCACUCCGAUGCGCCAACACUCGCCCAUCCCCAUCCCGUCCGGCACCAGACGGUGAUGCUGGGCGAGCACAGAGUAGGCGAGCGAAGGCUAUCGAUGCACCACCCCAAGCCUGAGCCUCUUCCCCGCUCUGUCUCGCCCGACGACGUUCUCAGCGCGCCUAUCCGGACUGUCGCUUCCUCCGCUGCUCUCCAGGCCUUAGCAGAGUUCACGAAGGAGACCCCGGGUGGUGAGAUCCUCCGCACGAUCCCCAGUCACGUCUCCGGCCAGCUUAGGACAGUCGAGCUCGUCACUUUCAAGACUGACGACCCUGAAAACCCGAAGAACUGGUCCAAGGCGUUCAAGUGGUGGUGCACGAUGGUCGUUGCUUUUACCUGCUUUGCAGUUGCGUUUGCCAGUUCGGUCAUCACCGCUGAUCUGCAAGGUCCCGCAGACGAGUUCGGAGUCAGCUACGAAGUGUCCCUGUUGAGCAUCACUGUCUUCGUCAUCGGAUUUGGUGUUGGGCCGCUGGUGUUCGCUCCCCUCUCGGAGAUGUACGGGCGUCGCCCGGUCUACGUCUUCACCCUCGCUCUAGCAGUGAUAUUCACCAUCCCCGGCGCCGUGGCCAAGAACAUCCAGACCCUGCUUGUAACCCGAGCCAUCGACGGCAUCGCCUUCUCAGCCCCUAUGACACUUGUCGGCGGCACGCUUGCCGAUCUGUGGAAGAACGAGGAACGCGGCGUGCCCAUGGCCGCGUUCUCCGCCGCUCCUUUCCUCGGCCCAGCUAUCGGCCCCCUGGUAGGAGGUUUCCUCUCCGACCACCGAGGCUGGCGCUGGCUCUACUGGAUCCAGCUCAUCUUAGCUGCGGUAGCCUGGUUACUCCUUACGUUCACAGUUCCAGAGACGUACGCCGCUUCCCUGCUAUACCAACGGGCGAAGAAGCUCCGUAAGGAGACUGGGGACGACAGGUUCGUGACUGAGCAGAUGAUCGAUCCCCGUCCGACUGGAGAACGUUUGCGCCUUUUCCUGCUUAGGCCGUUCCAGCUCCUGUUCCUCGAGCCGAUUGUCUUCUUCCUCAGUAUCUACAUGUCUGUCCUCUACGGUCUUCUGUACAUGUUCUUCGUUGCCUAUCCCGUCGUCUACCAGGAAGGCAAAGGCUACUCCGCGUCCAUCACUGGUCUCAUGUUUAUACCCCUUGCGAUUGGUGUAGUCGCCUCCGCGGUUUGCUCCCCAAUAAUCAACAAGCACUACCUGCACCUCGUAAAAAAGCACUUUGGCCGGCCACCCCCCGAAGUCCGGCUAAUCCCAAUGAUGAUCUUCUGCUGGCUCAUCCCCGUCGGACUAUUCAUCUUUGCCUGGACGUCCUACCCCCGACUUCACUGGAUUGGUCCAGCGAUCGGAGGGUUCCCAGUCGGGUUCGGCUUCAUCUUCCUCUACAACGCGUGCAACAAUUACCUCGUCGACUCAUACCAGCGGCAAGCAGCCUCGGCUCUCGCGGCAAAGACCUUCAUCCGGUCUAUCUGGGGUGCAUGCGCCGUCCUAUUCACCAUACAGAUGUACCACCGGCUAGGCUAUCAGUGGGCCUCCAGCCUGCUGGGCUUCAUCGGCCUGGCGUGCUGUGCCAUCCCCUACGUGUUCUACUUCAAGGGUGCGGCCAUCCGCAAAUACUCGUCUUUCGCUACUUAUGACGAUGACGACGACACUGCUACCUUGGCUGAGCGCGAGCAGAUCCAGGAGGCGAUCUCACCCACCCAGGAGAAACCUAAGAAACCGAUCAUGGAAGUGUAGGUUUCCUUGAUGUCACUUACGAGCGGACUGUGGAUAAUAGAUUCCUUUCUUUCUCCUUUUGUCUCUGAAACUCUUACAAUUGUGUAGUACCGUGUCCUUCACGCAUACUAAAGCAUAAAAACUAAUAAACAUUUUCAAAUCGCA